GUCAUGUGAUAGAGACCAGCUGACCCGUACAUUUUCCAGAGUUAGGUUUUAAUUUCGCUGUCCACAUCGCUCGUAAGAAAAAAUUAGAAAAAACCAAUCGAAAUGGCUCUGCACUCGGCAAUCAAGGGAAAACUGAUCAGCGUUAUCGGCGACGAGGACACCUGUGUGGGCUUUCUGCUCGGCGGAGUGGGCGAGAUCAACAAGAAUCGCCAUCCCAACUUUAUGGUGGUCGACAAAAAUACGGCCGUCAGCGAACUGGAGGACUGUUUCAAGCGUUUCCUUAAGCGGGACGAUAUCGACAUCAUUCUAAUCAACCAGAACUGCGCCGAGCUUAUUCGUCAUGUGAUCGAUGCCCAUACGUCGCCCGUGCCCGCUGUUUUGGAGAUUCCCUCCAAGGACCAUCCGUACGACGCCAGCAAGGACUCCAUUCUGCGUCGCGCCCGCGGCAUGUUCAAUCCGGAGGAUCUGGUGCGCUAAUUCCUCGAAUUCUGCUCGAGGACACUGUUUCGUAUUGCUGCAACCGCCAGAGAAUUGCUUUACACCCUGUAAACAACUAUCCAUAGAUUCAGUGCUUCGCCUUUGUUCUUAUCGUGUAUUUAAAGACAUUUAUUAAAUGGUUUUCGUUGUAUAAAUAGAUUAAAAUCAAAUUGUUCCAAAUC